AUGUCAGGCAUGGAAGGAGACAAAUAUCGUUCUUAUUUGCAUGGAGAAGGUGAGCUCAACACCAGUUGGAGAUAUGGAGGACCUCCAAAUUAUGAUAUUGUAAACAAGCUCUUCGAAGACGAAAGAACUAAGGUAUGGCCUCCUGGAUCAUUGGAAGAGAAAGUGCAGAACCUUGUAAAGUCAUGGGAAAUGGAGAUUUUCCACAAGGCAUCCCUCGAAGUUUUCAAAACAAUUGACGUAAACAAAUACACAUUUAGCUUAAAUGGUAUUAAAAAGGAAAAAAAAGAAAAAAUGAAAAACCAGAAGCUGAAACAUUGA